CCUGUGGUGCAUAGUCUGUGAUAUCCCACUGAUUUCUUAACAUAGCAGAGAAAGCACUGUGAUUGAAGGAGAGAUGGUCAUGGGCAGACUGACAACUCAUGGGGCGCCUGGGCAAUAGGGGAUCAUGGGGCCCCUGUGUCCUUGCCAAACUCAAAAAAGCCUAUGAAAAAGGUACCAGGGGCAUCUCAUGGGGCCCCCUACUGACCUGAGUUUCCAAAUGGUCAGUCCGCCCCUGGGGCCCCAUGAGUUGUCAGUCCGCCCCUGCAAGCAGGUA